CGCUUUAUAUUCCUCCCCCCCCACCCUACCCUUUCUCUCUCUCUCUCUCCACUUUCACCCACAGCCUGACACCUCACCAACUCCGUUCCGUUUCUCCGUCCUUGCUUCCUUCUUCCUCUUCCGUCGAUCGAUCAAAUCCGUUGCUGUUGAUACGUAAACUCCCUUCUAACAGGUAAAGAGAAGGUAAUCUGAUUCUGUUAUUGUUCGUUACCAGAGAGGCAGAUACUGUUUCUUCUGAUUCUUUCAACAAGAAAAAAAAAAAAAAAAAGGAAGAUCAGUUGAGGCAGAAUUGUACGGACAGGAGAAUCAUCGUCAUCAACCGAUGGCAUCUCUGAUCUCGAAUCAUCAGGUAGUAACCACCGCGAACUCCGAUCGGGUGCGUAAGAAAAAGAAGAAGAAACCUCAGCAUAAUAAAGAACAGCAAAGUCAGAGCCAAGGCCACGCCAGAUGGAAAUCGGAGAGGCAACAGCAAAUCUAUUCCUCGAAAUUGCUUCAGGCUCUCGGUCAGGUCCGCCUCUCACCCGAAUCCACCCCCUCCUCCCCCUCCCCGACCCCCGCCCCGCCGUCGGUUCCGCGCCGGGGCCGUGCAGUGCGCGAAGCCGCGGACAGAGUCUUGGCUGUGGCGGCCAGGGGGAGGACACGAUGGAGCCGAGCCAUUUUAACCAAUCGUAUCAAACUCAAGUUCCGGAAACAUAAGCGGCAGAGGACGCCGGCGACCGCCACCGGGAGUAGCCGGUCGAAGAAGCCUAGAGUUAGUGUUUUGAGGUUGCAGGGGAAGGGUGUCCCGGCCGUGCAGAGGAAAGUGCGCGUCCUUGGCCGGUUGGUUCCCGGUUGCCGUAAACAACCGCUACCAGUGAUUCUAGAAGAAGCUACCGAUUACAUAGCCGCGCUGGAGAUGCAGGUUCGAGCCAUGAGCGCUCUAGCCGAGCUUCUCUCCCGCAGCGGUUCCGGCGCCGGCUCCAGUUCGGCAACGCCGCCAAGCUGAUAACAAAAUCUGCUUGGUUAAUUUGCCAAGUGUCAUUUGGUUUAUCGCUCUCUAUUUUUCUCAUUUUUAAUUUUCUUCUUAAAAUUAUUUUUAAUUUCAGACCCUAAUCUCCCCCCCUAUCUCAUAAACCUCCUGUGAAAUAUAAAUCCCCGUACUGGUUUUCCCAUUUAA